GUUAACAAACGGUGGUAGCAAGUGCACAAACAUUGUCAUUUUCUUUACAAGCUUCCUUUUCAUUGUUAUCAUCAUCACAACAACAAGGAGAAGAAGCAGUGACCACACAGAAGUGAUCAUGGCUGCUCGCACUCUUUCUUAUCUGCUUUCUCGCUCUCGCUCUCUUUCUUCUUCUUCUGGAGCUGCUUCUCUGCUUCCCUCACUUGGAGGAAAAUCUGGAGGGUGGAGAAACAGUAACAGUCACAGAUAUAGUACUGCAGCAGAAGUUGAGGAAUUGAUCACUCCACAAGUUUCAAUCAAUUACACACAGCAUCUCAUAAAUGGGAAAUUUGUGGAUGCUGCAUCAGGGAAAACUUUUCCAGCCUAUGACCCGCGCACAGGGGAUGUGAUUGCUCAUGUUGCUGAAGGCGAUGCUGAAGAUGUCAACCGUGCGGUGGCAGCAGCUCGCAAGGCCUUUGAUGAAGGCCCUUGGCCAAGAAUGACUGCUUAUGAAAGAAGUCGGAUAUUGCUGCGCUUCGCUGAUUUGGUUGAGAAGCACAACGAUGAGAUUGCAGCUCUGGAGACAUGGAACAAUGGAAAGCCUUAUGAACAGGCAGCCAAGGCUGAAGUGCCAAUGUUGGUGCGUUUAUUUCGCUAUUAUGCUGGCUGGGCAGAUAAAAUUCAUGGGUUGACUGUCCCUGCUGAUGGAAAUUAUCAUGUCCAGACAUUGCAUGAACCAAUUGGUGUAGCAGGACAAAUUAUACCUUGGAACUUUCCUCUAAUUAUGUUUGCUUGGAAAGUUGGACCAGCUCUAGCAUGUGGUAACACCAUUGUCCUUAAGACUGCUGAGCAAACACCGCUAACGGCUCUUGUUGUGGCAAAAUUACUUCAUGAGGCUGGUCUUCCCCCAGGUGUUCUGAACAUAGUUUCCGGGUAUGGUCCGACUGUUGGUGCACCUCUUGCAAGUCACAUGGAUGUGGACAAGCUAGCAUUCACUGGAUCAACUGAUACUGGAAAAGUUGUACUUGGAUUGGCUGCAAAAAGUAAUCUUAAGCCAGUGACAUUGGAGCUUGGAGGGAAAUCACCUUUCAUAGUAUGUGAGGAUGCUGAUGUUGACAAGGCUGUUGAGCUUGCACACUUCGCUCUGUUCUUUAAUCAGGGGCAAUGUUGCUGUGCUGGGUCUCGAACCUUUGUACAUGAGCGUGUCUAUGAUGAGUUCUUGGAGAAAUCAAAGAAACGGGCUUUGAGGCGUGUUGUUGGUGAUCCGUUCAAAAAGGGUGUUGAACAAGGUCCUCAGAUUGAUACAGAACAAUUCGAGAAAAUUCUUAGGUACAUCAAAUCUGGAAUUGAAAGCAAUGCCACCCUUGAGUGUGGCGGUGAUCGAUUGGGGUCAAAAGGCUUCUAUGUCCAGCCAACCGUCUUCUCAAAUGUUCAGGAUGAUAUGCUGAUAGCACAAGAUGAAAUCUUUGGCCCUGUUCAGACCAUUUUCAAAUUCAAGGAAAUUGAUGAAGUAAUUCGACGGGCAAAUUCAACGCGGUAUGGUCUAGCGGCUGGUGUGUUCACCCAGAACUUGGCCACUGCCAACACUUUGAUGAGGGCACUGAGAGCUGGAACUGUGUGGAUCAAUUGCUUUGAUGUGUUUGAUGCUGCAAUUCCUUUUGGUGGUUACAAGAUGAGUGGGAUUGGAAGGGAGAAAGGGAUCUACAGUCUUCUCAACUACCUUCAGGUGAAAGCUGUUGUCACACCAUUGAAGAAUCCUGCGUGGCUGUAAAUAAACUCAGCUUUGUAUCUUGUCCGUUGAACAAUAAAAAGUAACAGUACCAAAGUACCCCAUUUGUAAUUGUGAAAGGUUUUGGAUACUCUCACAUCACAUACUAAAUUGUCAUGUUAUAACAUAAAGGACUAAAAAACAGCUAUAUAAUAUGACAAACUAUUAUGGAGUUCAUUA